AUGGACUUUUAUUAUUAUCACGAUUUCACAUCUCCCGAAUUACAAAAAAAAGUAUUACAUCAACAAAUUCAGUUAGCUUUAAAAUAUAAUUUACCCGUUUUAUUACAUAUUCGAGAAGCUUAUUUAGAUACAAUUGCAAUAGUCAAACAAUAUCCUCAACUUAGAGGAAUAGUACAUUGUUUUAGCGGAUAUUUGGAUGAUGCUUUAGUUCCGGUGCCUUAUCGCGGCAAAAUUAAUUUACCCGGUUAUAUUCAACAUACUGUGUCAAAAUUAGCCACAAUUAAGAAUAUGGCUGUAAAGGAAGUGAUAAAAAUUACUACUCAAAAUGCUCAAACAGUAUUCAAAUUAAAGUAG